AUGAAGUCCGCCAUUCAACUCGAGCCGCCGCCUCACGCCAACCUCCUCCACUUCCACCACCACAAAUUCCCCGCCCGAACCCGCCAGCUCCAUCUCUACCGCCGCCGCCGUCACAAAUCGGCGGCCAGAACGCUCGUGCUCUGCGCCGGCUUGCUGGACCCCUUCCAGAGCUUCCUCACUCAGUUCCCUUCCUCGAAUUCCCUCGACCUUCUCGCUCCCGCCAUCGGCCUCGCCUCCGGUUUGACGCUCUACCUCGCUGGACGGAAGUCCAGGGACAAGUCUCCUGAAGUCGGCGAGUGGAUUCUGUUCACCAGCCCGACGCCGUUUAACAGGUUUGUUAUUCUGCGGUGCCCUUCCGUAUCGUUUGAAGGGAGCGAGUUGCUGGAGGGGGUGAAUGAGAAAUUGGUGGAGCAGGACAGGCAUUUUGUGCGCCUGAACAGCGGGAGAAUUCAAGGGACUUUUGGCGAGGAGGAUGCUGGCAGUGGUGGCUCUCUGGUGGAUAAACUGGAGUACCAGAGAGUUUGUGUGAGUGCGGAGGACGGCGGCGUUGUGUCGAUCGAUUGGCCGUCGAAUUUGGACCUGGAGGAGGAGCGUGGACUGGAUACGACUUUCUUGCUGGUGCCGGGGACACCGGACGGGAGCAUGGAUCCUAGCGUUAGGUCAUUCGUCUGUGAAUCCCUGGGCCGCGGAUUCUUUCCCAUUGUUAUGAAUCCUAGAGGCUGCGCUGGUUCUCCGCUCACCACUGCCAGGUUGUUUUCAGCUGCUGACAGCGAUGAUAUAUCCACAGUUGUACAUUUCAUCACCAAGGCAAGACCAUGGACUACAAUCAUGGCUGUUGGCUGGGGUUAUGGUGCAAGCAUGUUGACAAAAUAUCUGGGAGAAGUCGGGGAUAGAACUCCAAUUACAGCUGCCACUUGUAUUAAUAACCCUUUUGACUUGGAUGAGGCCACAAGGUGCUCUCCUUAUCAUGUCGCUUUGGAUGAGAAGCUCACUGGUGGGCUGGUUGAUAUACUACGGGCUAACAAGGGACUGUUUCAAGGUAAAGCAAAAGGGUUUAAUGUGGAGAAAGCCUUAUUGGCAAAAUCCGUUCGUGAUUUUGAGAAAGCAAUAUCUAUGGUGUCUUAUGGUUUCAAAGAAAUAGAAGAAUUUUAUUCUAAAUCAAGCACAUCAGGUUUGGUCAAGCAUGUGAAGAUUCCUGUGCUCUUUAUCCAGAAUGAUGAUGCUGCUGUCCCGCUCUUCUCCAUUCCACGCAGUUCAAUCGCAGAAAAUCCUUGUACAAACCUUCUUCUAUGCUCAUGCUCACCGCAUGUGACCAAAGUAAACAACAGAGCAGCUCAGUUAUGGUGCCAAAACCUUACAUUGGAGUGGCUCACAGCCGUGGAGCUCGGACUCUUGAAGGGGCGUCAUCCACUACUUGAAGAUUUAGAUGUUACCGUCAACCUAUCAACAGGUUUAAGUCGUAGAGAAAAGGCAAUUGUUGACAUUCAUGGAGAGAAUAAAGAACUCUUGGAUCUUACUGUAACUGAUACCAAUGGGUAUGCUGUGAGUCUAUCCAAUCAGCUGCCUGACGGUAGCUCUACCAGUGAUGGGCUUAAUUCAGGAUCAAUACUUCAUUAUGACAAAGAUAUGGAAAUCGAAGAUGGCUUACAGGGAGAAGAAGGCCAGGUUAGACAGAAAACUACUGUAGAAACAGAGCUGAUGGAAGAUGAGUCAGCUAUACCUGUGGAUGCUGAAAGAGGCGAAGUGUUACAGACAGCACAGUUAGUAAUGAAAAUGCUGGACACUGCAAUGCCCGGUGCUCUUGCACAGGAUGAAAGAAAGAAGGUCUUGUCUGCUGUAGGUCGAGGAGAGACACUUUUGAAAGCCUUGGAAGGUGCUGUACCAGAAGAAGUUCGCGGAAAGCUUACUGCAGCUGCAUCAGGAAUUCUGCAAGCUAAUCGUAUGAAGUUAAAGCUUGAUGGGCUGAUGGGUAGUGGUGAAGGUAAGAUACCAGCUCUAUCUUCAGGGUUGAAGUCAACCACGCAAGUAGAAGCAAGUUCUGACAGCAUGUCAAAAGACAUUGCUGUAGAUGAGAUGAAUAAGACAAAUAGUGUAACAGAUGGUGUCGGUGACAAUCAAUCGGGGAUUGACCAGUCUGGUGGUGGUCUAGACCCAGAGCUUCUGUCUUCUGAUAAUUUGCAGAAAUCUGUUGACUUAGGUCAGUCUCAAAGUAUGACAAAUCAGCAUGGUGACAUACAUGGCCCCCCUACAAUGGGAGCAAAUGAAUCUGAAAAUAAUCAUACUAGUGAUGGAGUCACUAGAGAAAAAGCUGCUUCGUUUGCCGAGAGUAAGGAUAAGGGAUUGGAAGCUAGUCUGGAGUCUGUUCCUGAAAAGGCUGGUAGUGUCAAGGAUGCCACUUCCAAUGAUACCAAAUUGCUCCAUGAUGAUGAAUCAUCACCUGAGCCAGAAACGAGAAAGGAGAAUAAUUCUCAUGAAAAGACAACCAUGGAGUCUUCCAGUGAGCGGAGUGAGGUGACACCUUCCAAUAUUAGUGAAGGCGGCAGUCCAUCUGCAGGAGUUCCUGAGCCUCAACAGUCUGGAAAGGAAGGCAUUGAUGAUCAGAAGAGAGAUAGCAUAAGCGAACAGCCUGUACCGAUUCAAAACAAGUCUGCCCUUCCCGAUUCCAAUACCCCCACCUUCAAUGUCGUUCAAGCCCUGGAUGCCUUUGCAGGAAUUGAUGAUUCCACUCAAGUAGCAGUUAACAGUGUCUUUGGUGUGAUUGAAAAUAUGAUUGACCAAUUUCAAGAGGAUCAGGAUAACAAAGAUCAUGCCAAUGAUGGAAAUGAGACUGAAGAUGAAUUUGAUGAUUCUGGUUCUAGUGAACCGCUGAAUGUUGAUCGGCCAUCAGCACAGGCUGGAGCAGGUUACGAUGGUUCAAAGGCGAGACCUAAAAUGGAUACAUUAAUUUCGAGUGGCAACAUUUCUAGUAACUCUGGGAGGGUUGUUAAUAACUACAGAAGCGAGAUUGAAAAGGAACAGUUAUUUGGUAUUAGAAGUACAACUGACUUGGACGAUAGCAAUGUGAGAGAUAUUCCUUUGCGUGUGAACAAACACCUAUAUGAGGACUACCUGCAGAAUGCUCACCUCAACAAAUAUCUUCUAGCUAAGAUGCCAAAAACCAAACCACUGGAUGUUGACCCAACUGCUGCUUUAUUACUUGACUAUUUUCCCGAAGAUGGCCAAUGGAAGCUUUUGGAACAACAUGUGAAUGUUGGACAGUUGAGGAAAACUGCUUCAACUAGUAAUGUUGUUCAACGAAAGGUUAAGGUCCAAUUGAAUGCGGAGGUGAAAAAAGGAGAUGAUUUUAUUGAACCUUCCUAUGUUGUGUUAGAUACUGAGACACGUCAGCAGCCUGUUGGAGAAUAUAAGGUUUUGGACAACCUAAAAAGGAAGGCAGGAGAUGUUAGCGUCAAGACAGAAGAGCUUAUACAUUCUGUGAAGAACAUUAUCCUGGAUGCUCUAAAGGUUGAGGUUGGCCGCAAGCUGAGUGUGGCUGACGUGAGAAAAAUGAAGCCUGAUCUUGGAAGAGAUAUUGAACUAGUGGCUGAUGCUGUAUCUUUGUCCGUUGGGCAUGGCAAGGAUCAUAUCUGGAACGUCCAUGAUGAAAACAAUAAGGUCGAUUAUAAUUCAGAAAGGCACGGUGUCCUUCAUGCAGAAAGCAUUGUGAGUGCCAUAUCAUCUUCUGUCUCAGGAACAACCUAUUUAAGAAGACUCUUACCGGUGGGGGUCAUAGUAGGUUGUUGCUUAGCUGCAUUGAAAAAACAUUUUGACGUAGCUACAGGACCUAAUAAUGAUCUGGAAUCAUAUGAUCAAAAUGAAAGUUCUCUGGAAAACUGCCAAGAUGAAAUGAAUACUAGUAAGAAGGAUCUAAAGCUUGCAGAUGAUCUUGGAGUUUCUAGUUUGAACCAUACAAGAAGUAGAAAGGGUGAAGAAGCUGUAUUGAAGAACAUAGACAAUGACAGCAUUAUGGUGGGUGCUGUUACCGCUGCCCUUGGAGCUUCAGCUUUUCUAGGACAACAGGAUGACAAUGAAAUAGAGGAAUCAUCGGCCAAGUACUUGAAGGAGAGAGUAAGUCCCCAAAUAGCAUCAGAAAAGCUUGAUGGUGAAUUGUCUGAAAAAGAUCAAAACAACAUUGUUGCAAGCUUUGCUGAGAAAGCGAUGUCAGUUGCUGGUCCAGUAGUUCCUACGAAGGAAGACGGCGGAGUGGAUCAAGAAAGGUUGGUUGCUAUGUUAGCUGAUUUGGGUCAAAAGGGUGGCAUUUUGAGUUUGGUUGGGAAGCUUGCUCUGCUGUGGGGUGGUCUACGUGGAGCUAUGAGUCUGACUGAGAGGCUUAUCUCUUUCUUGCACUUAGCUGACCGGCCCUUACACCAAAGGAUUCUGGGAUUUGUGGGCAUGGCUCUUGUUUUAUGGUCGCCAGUUGUUAUUCCAUUGCUUCCAACACUGGUGCAGAGCUGGACAUCUGGCACUCCAUCCAGAUUUGCGGAGCUUGUUUCAAUUCUUGGCCUCUAUGCUGCUAUUUUGAUGCUUGUUAUCAUUUGGGGCAGAAAGCUACGUGGGCAUGAAUUUCCACUGAAACAAUAUGGUCUGGAUUUGACGACAUUGUCCAAGAUCCAAAGCUUUUUCAAGGCCUUAGCUGGAGGGAUGGCACUUGUUUUACUGAUACAAUCUGUAAAUGUAUAUCUGGGCUGUGUGAGUUUUUCUUGGCCUGCAAGGCACCCGUCUUCUACGAAUCUUGUCGUAGCAUAUCUGAAACUGUACGGCCAAAUGGUUUUGUUUGCCCUACAAGGCAUCCUAUCAGCAGCUGGCGUUGUGCUCGUUGAAGAAUUGUUUUUCAGAUCGUGGCUGCCUGGAGAAAUUGCUUUGGAUCUUGGGUUUCAUCAAGGAAUUGUCAUUUCGGGACUUUUAUAUGCUCUUUCCCAGAGGUCUCCAUUGGCAGUGCCAGCACUGUGGCUUCUAUCUAUGGCCCUGUCAGGGAUACGGCAAAGAAGCCAAGGCAGCCUUUCUGUGGUGAUUGGGUUACGUGCUGGGAUAAUGGCUUCAAGCUAUGUUCUUCAGAGAGGUGGAUUCCUGACGUACAAGUACACGUUGCCUUUAUGGGUAGCAGGGACUCAUCCAUUCCAACCUUUUAGCGGGGUGGUCGGUCUUGCAGUCUCUUUGUUAAUGGCAGUGGUUCUAUACCCAAGGCGACAACUACAUGAGGAAUUAGAGGGGAACUCUUAG